UCGCCCUUCGGACGGACGAUCGCCGCGGCGCCUUUUUUGCGUCUGGGCUCGAAGCAGCAGCAGCAGCAGGAUCGGCAGCGAGCGAGCGUCGCAUGUUCGACUGUAGGCUACUACUCUGCCCUGCUGCUCUGGUCUGCUCUGCUCUAGUCUGUGUCUGUGUCUGCUGCGCAGCCCGGGCUGGUGGUGGUGCUGAUUGUUGAGGGAGACAGGUUUGAAUCUUGAUUGCCUGCGCGAGCGAGGUCGCGGAGCGCAGCACGCACACAUUCGGCUGUCUUCUGCCUCGAAAGGGCUUCUUUUGCCAUGCUAGUCCGCGUCGACCUCGCGUGCCGUAUCGGAGGUGGUGGUGGUGGCCGUGGAUGUCGUCGUCUGCGUGAACUGCAGGCUGAAGUUUCAAAGUGCAUUGGAGGAGCAUAGUCUCGUGGUUCGUUUGGCACGGGAAUUGGACACAGACAUGUAUUUGCAGAGCUUUCCUCAGCUAUUUGUUGGUGGUGGCAAGGCCUAGCAGGAUCAGUCUAUGCCGUCUACUUUUUCACUCAUCUGCACCGUGAGUAUUUCGAAUCGGAUGAGACGUGGACAUUGUAUGCCCGUGGGCUUUUAGCCAAUCAACCGCGUGUCGGACUAGUCAACAUUCCUUGCGAAUUGAGGGAGCAGGAUGGACGCCGAAGAAGGUGUAGAAAAUAAUGGGGGAGGCAUGCCUUCGUUUAGAGGUCCCCUCAACCUGCCAGCAGGCAUGUCGUUGGACUCCCUCAGGUUGGACACCACAAUGAGAAUGUCCAGGCUGGGACCUGGAUCUCCAAUGAAGCAGGCACUUGGUAACUCUAGCACUGUUGGUCCAUCACCAACGCGUACCUCUUAUAGUGAUCGUUUUAUUCCUAGUCGUUCUAGUUCCAACCUUACAAACUACGCCCUGCUGGACAGGUCACCUUCUGGACUUCAUCCUGCUCAUAAUAGUGAUAACAGAGAAGAUGGAGCAGCUGCGUAUUCAUUGUUGCUGAGAACAGAACUUUUUGGAGCAGAAGCUGGUUCACUGUCUCCAGCUACUCCAGAGAAAUCAAUGGGCUUGACUUCACGGGAGCCUAUCAGGUCUCCCAUGAGUCCGACUAGAAAUUUAUUUAGAUUUAAAACAGAUCACAGAGCAGGGGGCCCGAAUUCAAGGCCCGAAUCGCCUUAUUCUCUCUCCCCGAUUGGAGCUGACGGUGCCCUCACUGGGGUUGUCACAAGUCCUAGAAAGGCUCCACGCAAAAUCGCCCGUUCUCCUUACAAAGUGUUGGACGCGCCCGCUUUGCAAGACGAUUUCUACUUGAAUCUCGUGGAUUGGUCAUCGCAUAAUGUGUUGGCCGUAGGAUUAGGAACUUGCGUCUACUUGUGGAGUGCUUGUACUAGUAAGGUCACAAAAUUAUGCGAUUUCACUCCAACUGACAUAGUUUGCUCAGUCGGUUGGACUCAAAGAGGGACGUACCUUGCCGUGGGGACCAAUCUAGGUGAAGUGCAGAUUUGGGAUGCUCAACGCUGUAGAAAGGUGAGGACUAUGGCCGGUCAUCGAACUAGAGUUGGGACUCUUGCUUGGAGUUCGCAUAUUCUGUCAUCUGGGAGUCGAGAUCGGAACAUCCUGCAGCGCGACGUCCGCGUUCAAGAAGAUUUUGUCAGCAAACUUGUGGGCCACAAGUCUGAGGUCUGUGGUUUGAAGUGGUCUUAUGACGAUCGUGAGCUUGCGUCUGGAGGUAACGAUAAUCAGUUAUUUGUGUGGAAUCAGCAGUCAUCACAACCCUUCUUGAAGUUCAGUGAGCACACAGCUGCAGUUAAGGCAAUUGCUUGGUCCCCACACCAGCACGGAUUACUAGCAUCUGGAGGUGGAACGGCUGACCGAUGCAUACGCUUUUGGAAUACCGCAACAAGCACAGCUCUCAAUUGUUACGAUACUGGCAGUCAGGUCUGCAACCUGGUAUGGUCGAAAAACGUCAACGAGCUUGUCAGUACUCAUGGUUACUCGCAAAAUCAAAUAAUUGUGUGGCGCUAUCCAGCAAUGUCCAAGCUUGCUACAUUGACGGGUCACACUAUGAGAGUACUUUAUCUUGCUAUAUCUCCUGAUGGACAGACUAUCGUUACUGGAGCUGGAGAUGAGACUUUACGCUUUUGGAAUGUCUUUCCAUCUCCUAAAUCGCAGAGUACGGUUCGUGACACUGGAGUAUGGUCUCUUGGAAGAACACACAUACGCUGAUACCCUUAUGUAGGGGUGCAGUUUGCAGAAUUUCAAGCAAUAUUUGCAGAUAUAUUUCAACUGAUCCUGGUCUUUCGUACAUACCCUUCUAGCUAGCGAGGCUCCCCGUACUUAGAGGAGUACUUCCUUUGUACCUCCGCUCUCUCAAUAGUAGCCUUUGUCUAUAGUCUCUAGUGUGUACAAGUAAACCUAGGUCAGAUGACAUGGUGACUUCAACCACCAUAUACUACAGGUUGCAAUGAAGAGGGCAGCCACGCACAUGCAUUCCUAGCACAGGAUGAUGAUUCGUGAGUAGACGAGUGGUUGAUACGAGAAUGUGAUAUCUUCUGCUGCUCAGAGUGGCUCCAAAAAUGAUUUCAGUUGGGCUGAAUCUCGAAGACCAAGACGCAGAAGCAUCUUACUCCUGGAAAAUAUCAUGCACUCUCCUUCAGAGCAACUACUCUUCUGCAUAUGAAUCAAUGUCUGUGGAGUGGUCAAAUCUUCUUCCCGUAGGAUCGCAUGCUUCUAGUGCAUGCAGACGAAGUAAUAAAAUCUGCUCACUUCCUCUUCUGCAAAGCAGUUGAGAACAUUUCUCCAAUAUUGAUCUUACUACCGCUCUACUAUCGGGUUUU